GUUCCGCGCCCAGGCGAGAGCAGCCGAUUGGCAGAGCGGUGCUUUCAGGAACAAUAACAGCGGGGGGAGGGCCUCGGGUCCGUCGGGGAGGCCGCCCCCGCCCCCUCCGGCCGGGCCGCGCGACUCGCGCCCCCCGCCGGGUCCCCACCUCCGCGCCCGCCCCGCGGGCUGACCGGCCGACCGGGGCCCGCCCCCGGCGCCCACCAUGUACGCCUUUGUGCGGUUCCUGGAGGACAACGUCUGCUACGCGCUGCCCGUGUCGUGCGUGCGCGACUUCAGCCCCCGCUCGCGGCUGGAUUUUGACAACCAGAAGGUGUACGCCGUGUACCGGGGCCCGGAGGAGCUGGGCGCCGGGCCCGAGAGCCCCCCGCGCGCCCCCCGCGACUGGGGCGCGCUGUUGCUCCACAAGGCCCAGAUCCUGGCGCUGGCAGAAGACAAAUCUGACCUGGAAAACAGUGUGAUGCAGAAGAAAAUAAAAAUCCCCAAACUUUCUCUCAAUCACGUAGAAGAAGAUGGGGAGGUUAAAGAUUAUGGGGAAGAAGAUUUACAGCUUAGACACAUCAAGGAUUGUCUGGGGAAAUAUUGAGCCGCAAGAAAGUCCCAGCUGCCCUUGCCUGAACUGAUUCUCGUUGUCCUACACAGAGACCCGAGGGGCGGAAGCCGAGCGAAGUGGCGCACAAGAGCAUCGAGGCAGUGGUGGCCCGGCUGGAGAAGCAGAACGGCCUGAGCCUGGGCCACAGCACGUGUCCAGAAGAGGUCUUCGUGGAGGCCUCGCCGGGCACAGAGGACAUGGACAGUCUGGAGGAUGCCGUCGUGCCCCGGGCUCUGUAUGAGGAGCUGCUGCGCAACUACCAGCAGCAGCAGGAGGAGAUGCGGCACCUCCAGCAGGAGCUGGAGCGGACUCGGAGGCAGCUGGUUCAGCAGGCCAAGAAGCUCAAGGAGUACGGGGCGCUCGUGUCCGAGAUGAAGGAGCUCCGGGACCUCAACCGCAGGCUGCAGGACGUGCUGCUCCUGAGGCUUGGCAGUGGUCCCGCCAUUGACUUGGAAAAAGUAAAGUCAGAAUGUCUCGAGCCCGAGCCGGAGUUACGGAGCACUUUCAGUGAGGAAGCAAAUACGUCGUCCUAUUACCCCGCUCCUGCACCUGUCAUGGACAAGUAUAUCCUAGACAAUGGCAAGGUCCAUCUGGGAAGCGGGAUUUGGGUUGAUGAGGAGAAAUGGCACCAGCUACAAGUAACCCAAGGAGAUUCCAAGUACACAAAGAACUUGGCAGUCAUGAUUUGGGGAACAGAUGUUCUGAAGAACAGAAGCGUCACAGGAGUUGCCACAAAAAAAAAGAAAGAUGCAGUCCCUAAGCCACCCCUCUCUCCUCACAAACUAAGCAUUGUCAGAGAGUGUUUGUACGACAGAAUAGCACAAGAAACUGUGGAUGAAACUGAAAUUGCACAGAGACUCUCCAAAGUCAACAAGUACAUCUGUGAAAAAAUCAUGGAUAUCAAUAAAUCCUGUAAAAAUGAAGAACGGAGGGAAGCAAAAUACAAUUUGCAAUAAACUUUGAAUUUUUCAUAAAG